CAACCUCGCCAUCAGUAGAUUAGACUUCCCUCCCGAAGCACUUCUGGUGAAACCUCCUUGAACCUGUUUUGUCUGGCAUCCUGGCAGCUCAGCCAUACCCUUCAAGCCCAUGACGUUCCUCUCGUUGUAAAGCGUCCUAAUGACAAGAAGUCUUGGCGUUCUGCUACACGGUCCGACGGCCCGUGCCUUAACUGUUUUCCCUGUCACGAGCCGCUAUUUUCUAACUGGUCGUAGCCUGGCCGCUUUGAAUGUGGUUUUCUAGUAUACCAGCUGGUCAUAGCCUGGUAAUAGACUAGCUAGGUCCGAGCAUUAGAGUUAGCCAUGGCUGCGGAUACUGAAUCGUGGCCGGUGGGCUCGCUUGUCCUCGCUAAGGUCACGGGAUACCCGCCAUGGCCGGCUCAGGUCGUGGAUCCUCACAAGUUCAAGAAGCAACCGCAGGAAGGCAAGGUCUUCGUUCUCUUCCUGCAGCCGCGCCAGAUCCGCUUCUGCGGGCCAGACGAGCUGGACAGGUUCGAGGGCGAGGCGAGGGACAAGGCGAUCGCGCGCAGCCAGCGCAGCAAGUGCCUCCCGGAUUACAAGGCGGCGCUCGACGCGUGCCUGGCGCAGGAAGCCAGGCAGCAGACGCUGCUGCAGCGCCAGGGGGGAGAGCGGCAGCAGCGGCAUGAGCGCCAGCAGCCGUCGCCGCCGCCGCCGCAGCAGCAGCAGCAGCUGCAGCAGGGGUCCCAGCGGAAGGGGCAAGGACGGAAGGGGCGGGGCUCCGGGGAAGUGGGGAGAGGUGCCGAGGGGAGGGAUGGAGAGAAGAGGGGAGAAGAUGGAGAGACGCGAGAGGAGGAUGAGAGGGUGAGGGAGGAUAUUGAGGAAUUUCGCAGGGCGAGUGAAGGACGGAGCAAGGAGGUCGAAGAUAGGAGGGACGAGGCGGACGAGUUGCACGGGGAGUCGCCACAGGAGAAGGAGGAGAAGGGAGCGAAGAAGGGAGGGAAGAAGGGAGGGAAGAAGCAGAAGGGUGCAAAGGCGCAGGGGAAGCGGAAGAAGGAAAGGGAGGAGGAGACGGAGGUGGAGGAGGAGGAGCAGGCUGAGGAGGCUGAGGAGGCGGGGAAGGGGGGUCGGGAGGAGGGACGGGAGGAGGAACGGGAGGAGGAGAAGGAGAAGGUGAAGAAGGAGAGAGAGGCAGGGACGAGUGGACGGGGCGGCAAGAAGAGGAGAACGGCCGGAAGGGAAGCAGAAGCUGGCAUGGCAGUUGCUGCAGCGGAGGCAGCAGAAGCAGGAGAGGCAGCAGCGGCAGCAGAGGCAGCAGAGGCAGGAGAAGCAGCAGAAGCAGCAGAGGCAGCAGAGGCAGCAGAGGCAGAAGAAGCAGCAGAGGUAGCAGAAGCAGCAGAAACAGGAGAAGGGCCGUCUGCCGAUGGGAAGGAGGCGGGGGGAGAGGAGACGGAAGAGGAGGGAGAGAACACGCACGUGGGGGCUCGAGCAGUGGUAGAAGCAGGAGAGGAGGAGGGAGGAGCGGGUGAGGCAAGUGAACGAAGAGAUAUUGAGGCAGAGGAGCGAGCGGAGGGAGAUGCAGAGGAAGGGAGCGCUGGAGUUGGGCUCAAGGGAGCGUUGGGGACAGAGAGGGUUUUUGAGACGCCUCAAAAAGGGGGAGGCGGAGAGGAAGGUAGCGCUGGAUUUGGGCCCAAGGGAACGUUGGGCACCGAGAGGGACGGCAGAGGAGACAGAGAGACAGAGGCAGGUGCUGGUGGGGAGGUGGCAGGAGAAACGGCAAAGCCAGAAAGAACCCCGGUCUCUGGUAGGAAGAGAGGAAAGGGGAGGAAGAGUGCAAGCACGGGAGAGGAUGUGGUGGUAACCCCAGUUGCAGGGGGGAGGGAGAGGCGGGCGGCUGCUCAGCGUGCUGCUGUUGCCCUGGCUGCUUCUUCUGUGGGGAAAAAGAGAGCGGGGAAGGGGGAGCGGGAGAAGGGGGAGAAGGCAGGGGAGGGGAGGGAGGGAGAAAAAGGUGGAGAGGAAGGGGAGAUGGGCCAGGAGAGAAAUGCAGGGAAGGUGGAAAAGAAGGGGAAGGGGAAGGUGACGCGGCAGGCUGAAGCAGGGGGUGAAAAGGCAGCAGAAGGGAGAGUUGGAGGGAGACGAGGGGCACACCAAGAGGCAACAGGUAAAAGAGCGGCAGUAGAUGCAGAGGAGCAAAGGGAGGCGGAGGAGGAGGAGAAGGAGGAGGGGGAGGCGGAGGAAGAGGAGGCGGAGAAGGGGGAGGAGGAGAAGGAAGUUGAAGUGGAGGUCGUGGAGAAAGCAGGGAAGGGCGUAAAGCGAAAGAAGGGCAAGGCGGUGGUUGUUGAGAGGAGGAGCACCAGAGCUGGUACGGCUGGGAGGGCUGGUAGGUCUGGGAGGACUGGUACGGUUGAGAAGGGUUCAGGAGGACCGGAGAGGGGGAAGGGUGGCAAGAAGGAGAGUGGGAAAAGAGCCAGUUUGUUGAGAGGGACGGGGGGCGGGAAGAGAGGAAGGGGAAAGGGAGGGAAGAAGGGCAGGGAGAGGGAGGAAGAGCAGGAGGAGGAGGCUGAGGGGGAGGAGGCUGAGGAGAUGGAGGGGAGAGAUGAAGAGGGGAGUAGGAAUAGUGAGGAGGAGGGGGAAGAAAUGGAGAUGGAAGAAAGGGAGGGGGAGCAAGGGGAGGCAAUAGGUGAGGCUGAGGUGGAGGGAGAGGAGGAAAGGGAGGAGAAAAGUGCAGAAGUGGAGGAAGGGGAGGGGGAAGAGGGAGAAGACGAGGAGGACGAGAGUGUGAAUGAGAACGACUCAGAGGGAGAGAGUGAGGAGGAGGAGGAGAGCGAGGAGGAAGAGGAGGAGGAAUAUGUCCCUUCGUCACAGAAGGCAAAGAAGCCUCGUGCAGAGGGGGGAGUUUCCCAUAAGCAAACUGCUGUCGCCAUGCCUCGCCCCAAACCUGCUCCCAAGCCUCGCAAGGUAGCAGCGCUCAAGGCUCUCGCCAAGCCUCACCGCCAGGCUCGGUCCACAGCUGCGGCUGCUGCUGCUGCUGCCGGUGCUUUCAUAGUUGAGGGGAGGGCCAUUGGUGCUGCGGCAGCAAAGCCGAAGAAAGCAGAGAAGAGGAGGAGGAGAGGGAAGGAGGUGGAGGAGAGAGAGGUCGAGGCGGAAGGUGGGCAGCAAGCGGGGGCAGGAGAGGAGGAGGGUGUGGGGGGAGGGCAGGAGGGGGGGCAGCGGAAGGGAGCAGGGAAGCAGCAGAAGCAGCAGGCAGGGACAGGGAUCGCGGGGGCUGAUGGUGGGCUCGCUGCUGUCAAGCGAAGCCUAUUUGACAUCGUCAUGGCUGGAACUGCAUCCGACGUGGAGGAGGCAGCGUACAGAUGGAUGGAGGGCUACGAUUUCAACCGCACGCACGCCACUGCUCAGCUGCUCAAGCUGCUGUUCCAGGCGUGUGGAGUUGAGGUGGUGAUGGGUGAUGAUGCAAUCAUCUCAGAGGGCGUAGCAGUGGACGAUGUUGUUCAAACCCUGGUGGACACGGCACACCAGACCACACUGCUCGAUCACCUGCAAGCCACUCAAUCUGACCACCACCACCAUCACCACCUCACUGCCAAGGACGCCAGGGAUGGCAAUGGCACAGGCUCGUCUGUCCGCGCCAAGGCUGCUGACGGGGCGUCGUUCCGCGCCUCCCUGCUGCUGUUCUGGGACGCGCUCAUAGUGGCGGGCGGCAGGGAGGGCGCGCUGUUUGACAACCGCCUGCUGCCCGCCCUCCUGGAUUACCUCGUCGCCCUCUCCUCGUCCUCCCCCCGCAUAUUCCGCCACGUGGCAACGCUAGUGGGUCUGCAGAUCAUCUCCUCCAUCAUCACCGUUGCUUCCGUGCUCUCUGACGCGCAAUCGACAGCUCAGAGGCAGCUGCAGGCCACGAUCCGACGGUCCGAAGAGCAGGAGGAGCAGCGAGAAGGGGAAGGCAGAGAAGGAGCUAGGAGGAGCACUAGAAGGGGGUCAACCGGGGGAGGGGCGAGCAGUCGAGUGGUGGUGGAGCUGCAAGCGAAGGUGGAUGAGAUGCAUGGGAAGAUGGCAGAGCUAGAGGGGUUCAUGCGAAGCGGGUUCACCGGCAUCCUCACUCAUCGCCACAGGGACAUAGACCCCGCCAUCAGAGCAGCAUGCGUGGCGGCGCUGGGGCAGUGGGUGGUGCGCUACCCAUCACUCUUCCUGGACGACGUCUACCUCAAGUACCUCGGAUUCUCGCUCAAUGACAAGGUGGCAUCCGUCCGGCUCACAGCCCUGUCAGCGCUCCAAUCGCUGUACGCCAGCGAGGACAAUCUCCCGGCACUCGGCGUCUUUUCUGAGCGUUUCUUGCCACGUAUGCAGCAGAUGGUGGAUGACGUGGAUGCUGAUGUGGCGGUGGCUGCCAUCUCAUUGGUCCAGCUGCUCGCCAGCAACGACACCCUCCCACAGCACGAGGCGAUCUCCCUCCUCGCUGACCUCCUCACAGACGACUGCCCGCCCCUGAGACUCGCCUCCUGCCACGCCCUCUUCCACCUCCUACUCUCCUCCUCCCCACACCCCACCACUCCUGCUGCUGGUGAUGCUGCUGCUGCAGCCGAGGCAGGCGCAGGGAAAGACAGCGGGGGAGGCAAGAGGUCGGAUGAAAGGGGAGGGAAGGGAGGGAGGGGCGGGGAGGGGGAGACGGCAGCUGUGCAGCAGGUGCUGGUGGUGGUGCGCAUGGUGCAGCCGUGUGGGGAUGCAGUGCAGGCUGGAUACGUGGUGGAAGCCUUGUGGGAUAGAGUGCCCGUCUUGAUGGAUUUCAAGACCCUGGGUCAGCUGCUUCUGCAAUCAGACAGCCAAGCCACGCCCCUCUCGCCCUCCUCCCAGCCUCUCUCCCCCACUCCUCCCUCCUCCUCCACCCCCUCCUUCCCUUCCUCCUCCCCUCCUCCCGACUCCGACACCCCCACACUAGCUCUCCUUCUCUCACUAGCCGCUCGUAAGACUGUGGGGCUGCCUAUCGUGCCAAAGAGCGGAGGGGACAUCAAGAAGAAGACAGCAGCAGCAGUGUCCAAGGCAAAGAGGGAGCGGCAGGCAGCAGCAGUGGCAGGGAUGACAGCAGCGCUGGUGAAGGUGCUUCCGCCAAUGAUGCGGCGCCACGUGGCGGAUGAGCGGGUGCUGCUGCGGCUGUUGGAGGCAGCAGAGUGCUUGGACGUGGGAGCACUGGCGGACAGGCAGCAGCAGGAGCCGCUCCUCGCGAUCCUCUCAGCAGCACGCGACAGCCUGGCGCGCCACGUCAGCACAGCAGUGAUGGCGUCAGCGACGAGAGUGCUGCUGCGGUGCAUGCAGCAGGCCCAUGGGGAGAUGCGGGAGCAGGCAGAGGAGGCAGUGAGAGGGGCAGUGAGAAGUGUGGUGGUGGGGAGAGUGAGAGAGGAGGCACGUGCUGUGUUGGACGCAGCUUCUUCUCAAGCCACGUCAGCAGCUGACGUGGACACCUUUUCCCUCUCAGUGGCUGCCACUCGGCUCGCUGUCUUCCUCCUGCAAGCAGACAUCAGCCCCUUCCUGCGUGUCACAGCUGCUGGUGCUGAAGCCACUGCUGCUGGGGCUGCUGCUGCUGCUGGGAGGGCGGCUGAUGCGGAGGAAAUGGGGCCGGCGGGUUUGUUUUCUCUGCUUCUGCAGCUGCUGGACCGGUUCCCUCCCUACAAGCACACUCAGCUGGCCUCGCCUAUCCUCCGCUCGCUGGUCCUCCUGCUGCUGGCCUCGCCUAUCCUCCGCUCGCUGGUCCUCCUGCUGGUGUGGGAUUUCAAGAGCCUUGUCUCAGCACACAGCAGCGAGAGAAGGGGCGGGAAGGGGGCAGACGCAGGGAGAGGAGGGCCAGGGGAGGGAAGUGAGGGUGAUGGGGAGUUGGAUGAUGGCGUUGGGAGUGAUGAGGGGGGUGAGUUUAGGGAGCGGGAGGGCGGGGUGAAGGAGAGGCAGGAGCAGCUGAUGGCGCUGCUGCUGCGGCUGAUGGAGGGAGGGACGGAUGGGAACACUGCAGGGAGACAGGGAGAGGAGCAAGAGGAGGAGGAGCGGACUGCAGAGGAGCGAGAAGGUGGGGGGGAGCACCAGCAGCAGCAGCAGCAGCAGCAGCAGCAGCAGCAGCAGCAGCAGCAGCAGCAACAGCAGCAGAAGCAGCGGUUAGCAGCAGAGGUUCUAGAGCACAUAUCCGACCUCUGGGUGCUCUUCGCCCCUCACAAGCUCGCCCACACCCUUGUGCAGCCGCUAUCCCUCACCGCCACACCAACCAGCGUCAACGCCUACUGGGCCGCCUGCACGAGUCUCCUCCCAGCAUGUGAAGGAGAGGGAAGGUGGGGCAGGAACCGUGAGAGUGGGGGACGGGGAAAAGCCCAUGCGGAUGGGGAGAAGGGUGGGGAUGGGGGUGGGGAAGAGGAUGGCGUGGGAGGGGUGUUUGGCAGUGGCAGCGGUGUGAGGAAGCAGGAGAGGGUGCUUCUUGAGACGCCUCACAGGCAGCAGGAGAGGAUUCUGACAGCAGCGGCUAAGCUGGUGGUCUGUGAUGCUGUGAGCCCAGAGCUGCUGGCGCCUGCUGUGCUCUCGCGGCUCGUGUUGCUGGGGAGGGGAACGAGGAGGGAGGGUAGUGGUGGUGAUGGUGACGGGGGUCAAGAGGAGGAUGAAGGUAAAGAGGAGAGAGAGGAUGGGGUGGUACGGCUGUUCUUGUCUCAUCUGCAGCAGAGGAAGAAGCGGGCGGCGAGUGGGGGAGGGAAGUUUGAGUUGUGGCCCAUUUUCCUGCAGGCGCUCAAGAUGGCCUUUAUUCCCUCGCUGUCACUCAUCCCAACCGCCGACCACCCACUCACAGCUGAUGACGUGGCACCGUCUCAUUCGCCAAGCCCAGCAUCUGUAGCGUGCUGUGCCAGCCUGGCAGCCCGCCUGGCUGCUGUAGCAGCCGCCCCGCAGUUCUCUGCGCAGCGAUUGGCGGAGCAGCGGGCGGCAAUUCGGCAGCUAGUGCAGCAAGGGGUGGCAUUCGCGUUUGAGUCGCCGCCCGACCGGCUGGCGUUUCUGGAAUGUGCGCUUCUCCCGUUUGCUUCAAAGCUCACUGGAGCUGAUGCUAAGAGCAUUCUUAACACACUUGAGGAGAGAGUAUCAGAAGUGGAUGAUGAUGUGGCUGAUGACAUGGCAUCCUCUGAGCCCUUGAUGGGCUUCACAUCUGCCAUCGCAGAGAGAGCAGCGUCAGCACCAGCAGCAGCCAAGGAAAGGGUGGCAGAUGGGCCAGCAGCGGGCAGGGCGGCAGGUGGUCCUUCAGGUGCUGUGUCAGAUGAGGCAGCAGGUGAGGCAGGAGCAGAAAGGGUUGCAGACGAAGGUGGAAGGGAGGGAGGUGGAGCUGGAAAGGGGGUUGCAGACGAAGGUGGAGAGGGCGGGAGGCGGGUACACCGUGGUGGUGUGGAUGAGAGCGAGUCGGCAGUCAAGCGAAAGAAGCUCUCCUUCUCUUCCGCUGAUGCUGCUGCUGCUGCCGAUGGGUCUGCUGCUGCUGCUGCUGCUGCUGCUGCUGCUGAUGGGUCUGCUGCUGCUCGUGCUGGUGGAUUCGAAGAGGAGGAGCAGGAGGGAAGUGCUGGGCGGCUGGACUCAGGUGUUAGGGAGGAAGGUGAAGGAGAGGAAUGGGGAGGAGAGGAGGGCGAUGGAGAGGAGGGAGGAGGGGAGGAAGGAGAGGUUGGGGAGAAGCAGGGGAAAGGGGAGGAGGAGCGAGAGGGAGUUACGGAGCCAGGUUUGAGUCGGCCAAUGGGAGGCGGCGUGUCAAUUGCUGAGCCAAUGGGAGGCGAGAGACAGUAUGUGAGGAAGAAGAGGAGAGGGGCGGUGGUGGAAGGGAGGGAGGAGGAGAGGAGAAUGAAGAGGAGAGAAGAGAGGGGUGGAGAGGGGUUUGAGGAAGGAGCUGAUCUUGCAGGAGAUGGAAGAAGGGUAGGGGAGGCGGGGGAUGGUGAAGUAGAGGGGGAGGAGAUUGGGGGAGAAGUUGACACGACAACGCAAGAUAAGAUGGAAGAUACCACGCAAGACGCAACUCAAGAUGUAACUCAAGGUGCAACGCCAAGUGAAACACAAGGGACGACACAAGGGAAUGAAGAGAGGGAGGAUGAGAGGGAGGGAGGAGGGAGGAGUGCAGGGGGUACAGAGGAGCAAUUACCUUCCUCAUUCGAGGCUACUGAGGAGCAACUACCCUCAUGAAUGGCAACCGAUGCAGGGUAUAUGUGUACUGUUCUGGUCCAAUAGAGUGAAUACAGUCUGUACUAAGAGGUAACAUGUAUACAUUGUAAAACGCUUAAUCUUGUGGAU